AUGUCAAAUGGAUCAUCUUUAUCGCUAAUUCGUCAGAAUUUCUCGGAUGAAGCGGAAUCAGCUCUUAAUUACCAGAUAAAUUUCGAAUUGUAUGCCAGUUAUGUAUAUCUUAGCAUGGCCAAUUAUUUCGAUCGUGCUGACGUUGCAUUAAAAAAUAUUGCAAAAUGGAUGUUUAAACAAAGUGAAGAAGAGCGCCAUCACGCUUGUACGCUUAUGGAAUAUCAAAAUACUCGUGGCGGUCGUGUUAUAUUCUCAGAUAUUCCUAAACCUGAAAAAAACGAUUGGGGUUCAGCUUUAGAUGCAUUCAGAUGCGCCCUUGCAAUCGAAAGAACAAAUAAUGAGAAUCUGCUUAAUCUGCAUCGUGUUGCCGAAUCAAAAAAUGACUUUCAAAUGACAGAUUUUAUUGAGGAUAAAUUUCUGCGUGAACAGGUGGAAAGUAUUGAAGAAAUCGGUGGAUUUAUAACCAAUCUAGAACGUGUUGGAACUGGUAUGGGUGAAUAUGUCUUCGACAAAGAACACUUCGAAUGA